GACCCUCAUCCUCCAAGAUGGAGGCGGAGGCAGACUCUGCGGCGGAGAUGAACGGGCAAGAAGAGGCUGACAGUGAUGGGGAGGAGACCGCCAGCCAAUCGGACUCCGAGGAGGAGAGUUCAGAUAUGGACGACAUGGAUUGCGAGCGGCGCAGAAACGAGUGUCUGGAUGAGAUGUGUCACCUGGAGAAGCAGUUCUCGGAACUGAAAGAGAAGUUAUUUAAAGAACGAUUAAACCAAUUAAAAGCCAAAUUAGAGGAGGUGACAUCAGGCCGAGCCCUGGAGUAUAUCAACCCCUUAGCUGAGCUACAGAACAACAUGAAGAUCCGCAUUGAAGUUGCAGGUAUCUACAAGGGCUUCUGCUUGGACGUCAUCAAGAAUCGCUACGAAUGUGAGAUCCAGGCGGCCAAGCAGCACCUAGAGAGUGAGAAGGUUCUCCUGUUCGAUAACAUGCAGUGUGAGCUGCUAGAGCGUAUCCAGAGGCUGGAGGAGGACCGGCAGAGCAUUGAUAUAUCCUCAGAAUGGUGGGAUGAGGAACUGAGGUCCAAACGCAGCCGCAAGAAGUGGGAUCCUUUCCGCUCUGAGAAGAAGAGGAGGGUCCCCUUGGUGUCUGGUCCCUACAUUGUGUACAUGUUGCGGGAUUUGGACAUCCUGGAAGACUGGACUGCCAUAAAGAAGGCGAAGGCUGCAGUUUCACCACAGAAACGAAAAUCAGACGGUGUGAAGGUUGAAAAGCAGCAGUUCAGCGCCCGCUGUGAGGACGGCUGUCUAUAUUACGAGGGCGAGAGUUUUACCAAAGGCGAAGCCAUCGUACUACAUGUGAAGGAUGAACCUCCGUCACAGGCGAUUAUCACCGCGGUGAGCACCGGAGAGGUCUGGCUGAGACGAGGUGACAGCAGCAAGACAAAGAUCUACGUCUCGCAGCUACAGAAGGGCAAAUACUCUGUCAGGAGAGCUGGGAAAUGACGUACGGAUAUUUAAUGGACAUUGCAGGAAGAUUAGUCCACAAUGCUGUGUGUGCACAGGGGACGUGUGAUCUGAGAACAAGACCUGUACGGAUGCUGUGCAAAGGGCGGGGCCUGUAAGGAUGAGGCGCAUGGUGUGUGUAGGGUCUGUAAGAUUGGCAUAUUUAUGUAUAGGAUGCUGUGUGUGCAGAAGGGGAGUGGGCUAUAGCUGAGAAUGCUGUUUAGUUACCAGCUAAAAUUAUUUUACUAUAUUUACAUUUUUUUCCCACAAACCUAAAUAUGUAUUUUUGUAACUGCCUAAAUUUAGUACCUAAUAAAGAGCUGUGUUUAUUCCUUUA